ACUUACAUUCAGAUCUCAGCAUGUUGAACAUCUUGCAGUUUGGAGCGGCGCUUCUGUUGCUUCGGGUGUCUAGUGUGUUAGGUGACAGCAUCGACACCUACGUAACUGGUGGUGAAGAUGCUUACCCUGGCCAGUUUCCUUACCAGGUGUCCAUCGAGUACAAACUAACUCCGAUAGUAGGCAAGUACAGACAUGUCUGUGGUGGCGCUAUCAUCGACCAGAACUGGGUGGUCACCUCCGCCAAGUGCAUAACUCUCAUACCCGUCAUUGGCUAUAUUCAGGUCAAGGCUGGCAAGCAUGAACUGCAGUCAGAUAGUGAGUACGUGCAGAAGUCUGAUGUAGCGGUCAAGCUCGUGCACAAGGACUACAGAAUAAACCUCAUUAACCCGAUCAAAUCAUAUGACAUUGCUCUGCUGAAGCUUAAGACACCACUGAAGUUCAACGAUCGUGUUCAACCAGUUAAACUUCCAACACCUUACGUACUUCCCAAGGGCCAAGGAAUUUUAACUGGUUGGGGCUUGGUCUCCAAGGGUCUUAUUCCGAUCCAACCAAAAGUUUUACAAGUGGCCAAUGUAACCAUCCUUCACGAGGAAACCUGCGAGGACGCGCUCAGAGUCGUAGCUCCAAUAAGCACUCUAACAGACAUACAGUUCUGCACAGGACCUCUCUCGCAGACCAAAACUGCUUGCCUUGGCGAUUCGGGUGCACCUCUGGUUCAGCUUAAAUCCGAUCCCGACUCACGCCCAGUCUUAAUCGGCAUUGCAUCUUGGUCGCCAUACCCAUGUGGCAAAACAGGUUCACCGACUGUAUUCACUUUGGCCUCCGCUUUUGUCUACUGGAUCGAAGAUAGGAUCAAAGAGAACACAUAAAUUAUAGCGAUCAACUUAUUUAUAUUAAAUAUAGUUUUAAUAAUAGAUUGAAUAAAUAAAUGUAUAUGCAUUCUG